UCGUCACGUUCGAACAUUUUUUGAAGAGAAAAAUUGUGCCCUGUGAAAAUAAAAAUUUAAAAAAAAUAUUUUGGGUAAAAAUUUUUGUUCUAGUUCAAAAAAAAAAUAAAAAAAAAUCGUAGUGAGAGUGCAAAAAAAAAUAUUUUGAAAAAAAUAGAAUAGAAAAAAAAUUAUUUAAAAAAAAUCGACAAUUAUGAAAAAAUCAUCAAUCAUUAUUUUUGGAGUUUUUCUGCUGACGACACAGGUUCGCGCAUCGGGUCAUGACAGUUGGGAGUAUCCCAAGGCCAAAGAUAAUGGUGUUAUGCCAGAGGAGCAUUGGGGUGAACGUUGUGACCUCGGAAGACGUCAAAGUCCCGUAGAUCUUAAUACACAAGCAAGUGUUCACGGAAUUUUUCCUGCUUUCACGUUUGCGAACUAUGAUGAGGCUAUCAAAGGUGCUGCUGUCGUCAAUACAGGACAUUCACUCCAAAUCAACGCCCACCCGUCACAAAAGAUGCUCGUAAUGGGCGGCGGCCUUCCCGGAACUUACGAAUUCGAUCAACUUCAUUUCCAUUGGGGCUCGGAACACACCAUCAACGGUCGUCGCGAAGCUGUGGAAGUGCAUCUCGUGCAUCACGAGUCCCGUUUCGAGUCUCUUGGCGCCGCAGCUCAAGUCAAACGUGGCAUCGCAGUGCUCGGAGUCCUUUUCCACAUCGCCGCCGAACCAAAUCCAACCAUCGAACAAAUUCUCAUCGCCAGUGAAGCAGUUAAAGAGCACGUCGGACGAAAUCAAUCGUUAACGAGACCUUUGGAACUCGAAGAUUUGCUGCCGAAAGAUCGCUCCUCGUAUUUCCGUUACGAAGGAAGUCUCACGACGCCGGGAUGCUUCGAGAGUGUCGUUUGGACCGUUUGGAAAGAAUCUCUUCCCAUCUCCAUCGAACAAGUGGAACGCUUCAAAACACUGAAAUCCGACAAGGGACAAGAGCUGACGAACAAUUAUCGCAGUGUGAAGCCGCUGGGAUCGCGAGCCUUGGUUUAUGUCUCGGGCGAGGAGGAAAAAAGUGCCGGGACCGUGACAGGCGUCUCGUCACUCCUUUCGCUCGCAUCGAUGAUCGCUCUCGUUAAAUUCUUCUCGCAAUAAGAGAACUAGUCAGAAAGUAUUUUACUGCGCUACAAAAAAAAAACGCUUCGCCCCCUUAACUCAUUUUUUGUAAACUUUUUAGAUGUUUAAGCGUGCCAUUACCUAUUUUUUUGUUGUAUUAACAAAAAGAAAAUUGUGUUAAGUUAUGAAAAAUGUAUGUGUGUUAAUGUAAAAUUAAUUAAAAUAAAUGUGAUUUG